AUGAAAUUUUAUUACAGUGCCUUCCGAUCUAGGGUGAAUACCAGAUUCAUAUUCUCCAGAACCUUUAAGUAUUCACCUUUGAUUCUUUUACCUCCGGUCGUAUCUCUUUCCAUGCAAUGGUACAAAGAUCCUCUACUUAAUAACUGGCAACCACUUUCGCCCGACGGAAAGGGCGAUACAUUUGAGAUGAAACUCUAUCUGUCAUCCCAAAAGCAACUCGAGGAAGAUGCCAAGCAACAGCGUGAAAAAUCAAUCCGCUCUGGAAUACUUCCUAGCAUGUUCAAAAAAGUACUAUAUCAAAUUAAUGAUACCAUAAUAGAGCCAAUUCGUAUUUUUGUUCGUUUCUUAGAACUCUCUGCUAUCUUUAUACCGUUACUUCUAGUUUAUCCAAUCUCAUGGUUAGGGCAUCAUAAGAGGAUACAGAUGAAUCCAGACCGAGUAAUUCAAGAAAAGUCAGGAUCUUUACUAUGGUAUAAACUACUACGGAAAGCAUUGGAAUUGGCAGGACCAACUUUCAUCAAAUUAGGACAAUGGGCAGGGUCUCGUACGGAUAUUUUCUCUGAAGGAUUAUGUGCAGAAUUGGGUGAACUACAUAGUAAUGCUCGUCCGCAUUCUUUAGAAUACACCAAGAAAGCCAUUGUUAGUUCUUUAGAAGAUAAGUACCAAUUUGAUGAAAUAUUUGAUGAAUUUAACGAAACACCGGUUGGUUGUGGGGCAAUAGCACAGGUUUAUGUUGGGAAACUCUCUGAACGUAUUAUAAAAGACUAUAAUACUGGUACUGAAAAUAGGUAUUUUGCAGUUAAAGUUGUGCAUCCUGGUGUUCCAAAAAAGAUAGAUAGGGACUUGAGAAUCAUGUACUUUUUUUCCAAUGUAAUUGAUUCACUGCCGACCAUGGAAUGGCUUUCACUUCCAAAUGAAGUUGAACAAUUCUCUAUAUUGAUGAAAUUGCAACUUGACUUAAGAAUAGAAUGCAAAAACUUGGAGAAGUUCAACACGAAUUUUAAAAGUAAUCCAAGGAUUAGAUUUCCAGUAGGUUCCAUGGGGUUGUCUUCAAGAUAUGUUCUCUUCGAAGAAUAUAUUCAUGGUUUUCCAAUGGAAGAAUUCUUAGCUGUAAAAGACGGUCUAAAAAGGGUUGAUCUCUGUAAAAAGGUUAGUAAUCCCUUCAUUGAAGCUUUUUUGAAAAUGUUGAUUCUUGACGAUUUUAUUCAUGCCGACCUUCAUCCCGGAAAUGUUAUGAUUAGGUUUAUGAAAUUAAAUGAAUACGAAACGGAAGUUGUUUCCAGUGAAUCGCAAAUGUUCCGUAUUGUUAAUAAACUAAAAACUCUGGCCAAAACCCAUGACCCUGAGUUCAUUCCAGAAUUAAAACGAGUCUUGGAAGAUUAUGAACCGCAAAUCUGUUUGAUUGAUACAGGCCUUGUCACAGAGUUGAAUGAUCGUAAUAGGGUAAACUUUAUUGCGCUUUUCAAUGCAUUGGCUAGAUUUGACGGGUACCAUGCUGGUGAGUUAAUGAUCGAACGAUCACGCACACCAGAAACCGCAAUAGAUAAGGAUUUAUUUGCGUUAAAAGUGGAACGGUUGGUCAGUAACGUCAAGAAACAAACAUUUACCUUGGGGACAGUUUCGAUUGGACAGCUUUUGGAUAAAAUGCUAAGUAUGGUUAGACAACAUCACGUCAGAAUGGAAGGCGAUUUUGUAUCGGUGAUUGUGGCUAUUCUAUUGCUCGAAGGAAUUGGUAGACAGCUAGAUCCUGAAAUGGAUCUUUUUGCAAGGUUCGUAUUUUUUGUUUUAAUUAAUGGAUUUCAAUCACCCUAG